AUGGAAUACCAUGCCAGCGAAAUAAAGUCCAUUGACCUCAUUGCAAACGACCGGGUUAUAAGCGAGGAGACGCUUGGGAAAAUGUUUGUGGAGUUUGUAAAGGAAUUUAAAACAACACACAAGUCUUACCUCAACCAGCUCCACACCAAUCUUGCCCAAAACAUCUUUUCUUUAAAUAUUCAACUUGAGCACAUAGGACUGUUCAACCAGGAAUUGUUCAACAGACUGUUGGCAAACCCCGAAUCAACCAUUCAAGUAUUCGAAAGAGAGGCAUGCUCCCAUUUUCAGCUAAAGAACUUUCAAAUACUCUUCAGCAGUGCUGGAAAUUGCACAAAAAUAAGGAAUCUCUCUGCUUUAAAGUCCAAUAAAAUAGUAAAAAUCCAGGGAAUUGUUGUGUCAGCAUCUUCAAUUGUAACCAAGCCCAAGGAGCUAUAUGUGACAUGCAGGAGCUGUCUACAGAGCAAGAUGGUAAGGGAUAUAAUACCCAGAUCCUGUGAUACCAGUACCAAAUGUCCUAUUGACCCGUAUAUUAUUAUACCUGAAAAGAGUGUUGUGUCUGACGUGCAGUAUGCUAAGAUCCAGGAGAAUUUUGAGGAUAUUCCAACAGGAGAAACACCCCGACACUUCAGUAUUAUAUUGGAAGGGUCUCUUGUGAAUAAAAUCAGCCCAGGAAACCAGGUGAAGAUCACAGGAAUAUAUUCAAUAAGAAGUUCUGAGGAAAAAAGCUUUUCGUUUCUGAAGGUGCUUGGAGUUGAAAAUUCAAAAUCUAAGAUAAGGACCAUAUUCACCGAGGAGGAGGAGGCGUUGUUUAAGCAGAUGGCCAAGGAGGACAUUUAUGAGAAGCUAGCCAGGAGUAUUGCACCGGGUAUUUAUGGACAUGAGGAUGUUAAGAAGACACUAGCAUGCAUGCUGUUUGGCGGAACACGACGAGUGAGGGAAGAUGGGAUAACUCUGAGAGGAGACAUAAAUGUUCUUCUACUGGGCGAUCCUGGGGUUGCUAAAUCACAGCUUCUGAAGUUUAUGGAAAGCGUCACUCCUAUCGGUGUUUAUACCUCUGGCAAGGGUAGUUCAGCUGCUGGUCUUACGGCUUCUAUAAUCAAGGAUAGGAAUAACGAAUUCUACCUCGAGGGUGGCGCAUUAGUGCUAGCGGACGGUGGAAUAUGCUGUAUUGAUGAAUUUGAUAAAAUGAAUGAGCAAGACAGAGUGGCAAUCCACGAGGCUAUGGAACAACAGACUAUUUCUAUUGCCAAGGCAGGUAUUACUACGGUUCUUAAUUCUAGAACAGCUGUAUUGGCAGCAGCUAAUCCGGUGUUUGGCCGCUAUGAUGAUUUUAAAACACCGUCUGAGAAUAUUGAAUUUGGAACGACGAUUCUUUCUAGAUUUGACUGCAUUUUUAUAAUUAAGGAUAAGUGCGGAUCAGAGGAUAGGAUUAUGGCAGAGCAUGUGCUAAAUCUACACAAGCAGGACAGCAACGGCAAUAAUGCCAGUGGUGCCAUUCCUGUUGAUGUUGUUAGAAAUUAUGUACAGUACGCGAAAUCUAAAGUGUUUCCUACUCUUUCUGAGGCUGCCUCGUCCAAACUGAAUAGGUUCUAUGUUGACAUUAGAAAGCAGGUAAGUGGGUAUGAAGAAAAGGGUGCCAAGAAGGGCACAAUUCCCAUUACGGUGAGACAGUUAGAGGCCAUUAUCAGAUUGAGUGAAAGCUUGGCCAAAAUGGAGCUGUCCUCGGUGGUCACCACCAAGCAUGUUGAUGAGGCCAUCCGUCUCUUCCAGGCUAGUACGAUGAAUGCAGUAGCUCAGGGCCAUAUUAUUGAAGGCAUGGCCAGGCCAGAAUAUAUGUCUGAGAUUGAAAGCAUUAUUGAAAAGAUUGAGCGCUCGAUGCCAGUGGGUACGACAGUUAGGUUUCACGAGUUGCUGCACAGUGUAAACUGCAGUGAGGCAUUGGUAAGAAGGGCUAUUGAUUUUAUGGUCAAGCAGAACAAGCUGAUUAGUAAGGAUUUUGGCAAGAUGCUGAUAAGGAGGCCGUGA